AGAUAAAAUUCUCCAAAAUAAGAAAUAAUGGCAAGUAAUGGUAAGUCAAUGAACCUGAUGAAAAGUGACAGGAAAAUGUUCUCUGCAUCUGACGAUGGAACCAUGAUGAAGCAAAUUGUAGCAACUCAUUCACCAGAUGGCCGUGAUAUGGAUGUGAAGCCAGUCAUUCUCAUAAUUGAGGAUAUUCUGAAUCGGGUCAGCCCAGGCAUUGACGGUGCUAUCCAUGCGAGAGAUACUGAUCAUGUAGUGGCAGAUGCAUUGGACAACAAGUCCGCAGCAGUUGUUGAUGGAUUUGGUGGCCUUCCUGAAGCACUGCCCUACAUUAUAUACAAAGUCUCAUGUGAGUUGUCAUGCAAGUGCUCAGGUGGUGGAGAUGCUCAUGGGACAACAAUCUCGAUACUGAACUUGCUUUCAACUUAUCCUUGGGAAGCAAAAGUGGUUAUUUCACUAGCAGCCUUUUCAGUGAAUUACGGUGAGUUUUGGCUCGUGGCAUUACUUGGAGCCACAAACCCUCUAGCAAAAUCCGUGGCUCUUCUGAAGCAAUUACCAGACAUCGUAGAGCAUGCGAGUUCCUUGAAACCCAGAUUUGAUUCAGUUAAUACUCUUAUCAAGGCCAUGUUGGAUGUGACUAAGUGCAUAACUGAGUUCAGGGAGCUCCCCCCUCAAUAUAUUUCUCAAGAAGUCCCACCUCUCUCGACAGCCAUGACUCAUAUUCCUACAACAGCCUAUUGGACCAUCAGAAGCAUGGUGGCAUGUGCAUCUCAGAUCACUAGCCUCUUAGGCAUGAGUUUUGAAUACAUCUCCUCUACAACUGAGGCAUGGGAGCUGUCUAGUUUGGCUCAUAAGGUCAAUAACAUACAUGGUCACCUUAAGUCACAGCUUGGUAUUUGCUAUCAACACAUUGAUGAUAAAAAACAUGCGGAAACGUACCAGAAUCUGAUCCGCCUGUUCGAGACAAGCCACAUAGACAACAUCAAGAUUUUGAAAGCACUUAUUUAUGCCAAGGAUGAUCUUCUUCCACUUGUGGAUGGAAACUCCAUGAAAGUUCAGAUUGAGGUUCUAAGGAAAAAAACAGUGUUACUUCUCAUAUCAGACCUGGACAUAUGCGAGGAAGAGAUGAUGAUACUAGGCCACAUCUACCAACAAUCAAAGCAAAGGCCAGAGCUUCUGCAAUACGAAAUCGUGUGGCUUCCAAUAGUCAACAGAAAGAACCCAUGGACCGAUGCAAACCAAAACAAGUUUAUUUACCUUCAAGAAAAGAUGUUCUGGUAUACUGUUCACCAUCCUUCAAUACUUGAUCCAGCAGUCAUCAGGUACAUAAAAGAAGUUUGGCAUUUCUCGAAGAAACCCAUUCUGGUGACACUGGAUCUUCAUGGAAAAGUAGUUUCCCCAGAUGCCCUCCACAUGGUAUGGAUAUGGGGAAAUGCGGCAUACCCUUUCUCCUUAGCAAGAGAAAAACAACUCUGGGAGGAGGAGACGUGGACACUUGAGCUGUUGGUGGACAGUAUUGAUCCAGCCAUCAAUGAAUGGAUUGCACAAGAUAAGUAUAUAUGCUUGCUAGGAGGAGAAGAUUUGGGAUGGAUUAGGAAAUUCACCACCAAAUUAAAAGAAAUCGCUCACACUGCUGGCAUUUCCUUGGAAAUGGUUUAUGUGGGUAAGAGCGUCCCUAAGGAGAGAGUGAAAAGGAUAAUAGAAACAAUCAUUAAGGAGAAUUUAUGCCACUGUUGGCCGGAUCUAACCUCAAUUUGGUACUUCUGGAUCCGGCUGGAGAGCAUGUUUCGAUCCAAGAUACAACAUGGGAAGACCGUGGAGAACGAUAAUGUGAUGCAGGAAGUGUUAAAGAUGCUAAGCUUUGAUGGUAGUGAACAGGGAUGGGCUUUAAUCAGUAAGGGAUUAAGCAAGAUGGCAAAAUCAAAGGGGGAUACUUUAUUAACAAGCUUAGAACAGUUUGAUUCAUGGGAGGAGAAGGCAAAGGAGAAAGGGUUCGUACCUGCUCUGGAUGAUAAUCUGGCUCAACUCCACACCCCGCAGCAUUGUAAUCGUCUAAUUCUCCCCGGAAUUACAGGCGGAAUACCGGAAAUGGUCGUAUGUGCAGAAUGUAGCCGUCCGAUGGAGAAGUAUUUCAUGUAUCGGUGUUGCAAUGAUUGA